AUGUUCUCCUUGGACGAGAAGCUUGCUGGCUUGAAGAUAGGCAAAUACAGAUAUAACGAUCCGUGGACGCAGGUGUUCAUCGUCGGAUUCGUCUGCUUCUGUUCAGUCGGCCUCUUCAGUGCUAUCAGUGGAUUGGGAGCCGGUGGUACCCAGGACACUGCUCUCUCAGACACUGCCAAUGCUGUCCUGUACGGCUGUUUUGCGAUUACCGGUUUCGUUUCGGGAAGCAUCAGCAACGUUCUCGGUCCCCGACUCACCCUCUCCAUCGGCACUACUGGUUACUCUCUCUACGUCGGCUCCCUCUGGGCUUUCCAACUGCAUGGUACUCGAUGGUUCUUGAUUCUGGCUGGUGGUAUUCUCGGAGUCACCGCCGCCCUCCUCUGGUCUGCCCAAGGAGCGAUCAUGAUGUCGUACCCUAUGGAAAAGGACAAGGGGCGUUCAUUCUCUCUCUUCUGGACAGUCUUCUUCAUGGGCAACGUCAUGGGGUCGGCUAUUGCUUUGGGUAUCCAGGCGCAUAGUACUAUGCCGGAAGUAUCUACGGUCAUCUAUGUCGUCUUUAUGAUCAUUCAGCUCACUGCUAUCUUGACCUCCUGGCUCAUCUUGCCUCCUCAUCUCGUGGUUCGAGGCGAUGGUACGGUUGUCAAGAUUGAAGAUGCCAUCACUCCGAAACAAGAGUUCAAGUACUUUUUGGGAAUGUUCAAGGAUAUCAGGAUGCUCUUGCUAUUCCCCAUGUUCUUCGCAUCAAACUACUUCUAUGCCUACCAAGGAGCUAUCACCACCUUCCUCUUCAACGGCCGAACCCGUGCUCUCGUAUCCCUCCUCACCGGUGUCGGCGCAGUCGCAGGAGCCAUCUUUAUCGGUAUCGUACUCGACAAGAUGCCCGUCCUCUCCCGAAAGAAGAGGUCUCUCAUCGGUCUCGGUGUGGUUACCGUGCUCAACAUCAUCAUUUGGGCUGGAGGUCUUGGGUUCCAAGUGCAAUUCUCAAGGGCGACAGAUCACACUGUCUGGGAUUGGUCUGAAGGACCCGCAGUCGGACCUAUCAUCCUCCUCAUGGCCUACUACAUCGGCGACGCUUCCUUCCAAGGUCUCGCGUACUACACCAUGUCUUGCGUCACCAACGACCCCUUCCGCCUCGCUCGUAUGGCCGGUUACUACAAAGGCAUCCAAUCCGCCGGCGCCGCCGUCUCUUUCGGCAUGGACGCUGUCGCCACCCCCUUUCUCACCGAGCAUCUCGUCAGCUGGAUCAUCCUGCUCAUCUCACUGCCUUUGUGUGGGUACGUGCUCUGGGGGUGCUCGGACAGUAACUACGAUAAGGAGGGCGUGGUGGAGGUGGGGGAUGUGGAUGGGGGUGUGAUUGGGGCGGCGGCGGUGCCUCAGGGGUAUCGUGUGCAUGGGGAGGAUCACGAGGAGCAGCAUGUUCCGGGAGAGAAGGACUCGUCCGUGAGUGAUGAGAAGGAGAUUCAAAGGGUCGGGGUUGUCAGUGUUCCGGAAGUGUAA